AUGUGUCCUGAAGACAUACUGCAGUUGACACAUCAUAACAGUAUGUGUUCUGAAGACAUACUGCAGCUAACACAUCAUAACAGUAUGUGUCCUGAAGACAUACUGCAGCUAACACAUCAUAACAGUAUGUGUUCUGAAGACAUACUGCAGCUAACACAUCAUAACAGUAUGUGUCCUGAAGACAUACUGCAGUUGACACACCAUAACAGUGUGUGUCCUGAAGACAUACUGCAGCUAACACACCAUAACAGUAUGUGUCCUGAAGACAUACUGCAGCAGACGCAUUAUAACAGUAUGUGUCCUGAAGACAUAGUGCAGCUAACACAUCAUAACAGUAUGUGUCCUGAAGACAUACUGCAGUUGACACACCAUAACAGUGUGUGUCCUGAAGACAUACUGCAGCUGACACAUCAUAACAGUGUGUAUCCUGAAAACAUACUGCAGUUGACACACCAUAACAGUGUGUGUCCUGAAGACAUACUGCGGCUGACACACCAUAAUAGUAUGUGUCCUGAAGACAUACUGCAGUUGAAACAUCAGAACAGUAUGUGUCUUGAAGACAUACUGCAGCUAACGCAUCAUAACAGUGUGAGUCCUGAAGGCAUACUGCAGCUAACACACCAUAACAAUGUGUAUCCUGAAAGCAUACUGCAGCUAACACAUCAUAACAGUGUGUGUCCUGAAGGCAUACUGCAGCUAACACAUCAUAACAGUGUGUGUCCUGAACACAUACUGCAGCUGACACACCAUAACAAUGUGUGUCCUGAACACAUACUGCAGCUAACACAUCAUAACAGUGUGUGUCCUGGAGGCAUACUGCAGCUAACACACCAUAACAAUGUGUGUCCUGAAGACAUACUGCAGGUGACACAUCAUAACAGUGUGUAUCCUGAAGACAUACUGCAGGUGACACACCAUAAGAGUGUGUGUCCUGAAGGCAUGCUGCAACUAGCACAUCAUAACAGUAUGUGUCCUGAAGGCAUACUGCAGCUGAUACAUCAUAACAGUGUGUGUCUUGAAGAUAUACUGCAGCUGACACACCAUAACAGUGUGUGUCCUGAAGGCAUACUGCAGCUGACACACGAUAACAAUGUGUGUCCUGAAGACAUACUGCAGGUGACACAUCAUAACAGUGUGUAUCCUGAAGACAUACUGCAGGUGACACACCAUAACAAUGUGUGUCCUGAACACAUACUGCAGCUAACACAUCAUAACAGUGUGUGUCCUGAAGGCAUACUGCAGCUGACACACGAUAACAAUGUGUGUCCUGAAGACAUACUGCAGGUGACACAUCAUAACAGUGUGUAUCCUGAACACAUACUGCAGCUGACACACCAUAACAAUGUGUGUCCUGAACACAUACUGCAGCUAACACAUCAUAACAGUGUGUGUCCUGGAGGCAUACUGCAGCUAACACACCAUAACAAUGUGUGUCCUGAAGACAUACACACCAUGACACAUCAUAACAGUGUGUAUCCUGAAGACAUACUGCAGGUGACACACCAUAAGAAUAUGUGUCCUGAAAACAUACUGCAUCUGACACAUCAUAACAGUGAGUGUCCUGAAGACAUACUGCAGCUGACACAUCAAAACAGUAUGUGUCCUGAAGACAUACUGCAGCUGAUACAUCAUAACAGUGUGUGUCCUAAAGACAUACUGCAGCUGACACACCAUAACAGUGUGUGUCCUGAAGGCAUACUUAAGCUGAUACAUCAUAACAGUGUGUGUCCUGAAGACAUACUGCAGCUGACACACCAUAAUAGCGUGUGUCCUGAAGGCAUACUGCAGCUGACACACCAUAACAAUGUGUGUCCUGAAAGCAUACUGCAACUAACACAUCAUAACAGUGUGUGUCCUGAAGGCAUACUGCAGCUGACACAUCUUAACAGUAUGUGUCCUGAAGACAUACUGCAGCUGACACACCAUAACAGUGUGCAUCCUGAAGACAUACUGCAGCUAAAACAUCAUAACAGAAUGUGUCCUGAAGACAUACUGCAGCUGACACACCAUAACAAUGUGUGUCCUGAAAGCAUACUGCAACUAACACAUCAUAACAGUGUGUGUCCUGAAGGCAUACUGCAGCUGACACCACCACAUAACACGGUGUCCUGA